AGUGUGUGGGCAGAGAGCUGAAGCCUCCAUGUUCCCAGCAACUGCCGGAGCAGUCACACGGGAAGUGCCCUGCAGGAGCGACGGUACAGACAGGAAGCAAGGCACAGUGGGCCAGAGCUGCUCCGCACGUCCCGGUGGAGAAGCCCCGACACUCAGCUGGCACCAUGCUUCUUCUUCUGCUUCUCUCGCUGAUGGUCCGGUCCAGUCCAGCCUUUGCUUGCCAACAGGAAGCGAGUGCCGAUGCAACACCACCAACGGUCGCUGUGAUGAGAGCGGCGCCUGCAGGUGUGACCCCGGCUGGGAGGGCGAGCGCUGCCAUCGCUGCCUGCCGACCCCUGGCUGUGUGCACGGCUGGUGCCAGCAGCCCUGGCAGUGCCAGUGCAGCGCCGGCUGGGGAGGGCGGUUCUGUGACAAAGAUCUGCAGGCGUGCUCGCAGUUACCCUGCCUCAAUGGUGCCACCUGUGUGAUAGAAGACACUGGCGACUACAGCUGCCUAUGCCCGCCCGGUUUCCACGGCAACCACUGCCAACUGAAGACCGGGCCCUGCCGGAAGGGAAGGUCACUGUGUAAAAACGGCGGCCUUUGUGAGGACGCCGACGGGUUCGCCAGCAACUGGACCUGUCGCUGUCUUGCCGGGUUCGCGGGUCGGCGCUGUGAAACUGAUGUGGACGACUGUCAGAUGCAGCCUUGUGCCAACGGCGCCACCUGUUUGGACGCCGUGAACCGCUUCUCCUGCGUGUGUCCCGUGGGCUUCAGCGGACGCUUUUGCACAGUCAACGUGGACGACUGCGCCAGCCGGCCCUGCCAGCACGCCGGCCGCUGCCUGGACCUCGCCGCUGGCUUCCGCUGCCUGUGCCCGCCGGGAUUCAGCGGCGCCACGUGUGAGACGGCGCACAGAACAGGCCUUGAAGUGGAGGGGGGCGGAGCCAGGAGAGGUCACAACGACGACAGGAGGUUCCGCGUGACCCUCAUGGAGCGCAGCGGCGCCAGGCUGACCGAGGCCCAGCUCAGCCUCCUGUUGAUCCUGGCGGGGCUGACGCUCGUGGUGGUGUCUCUGACUGGCGCUCUGGUGCUGCGUGGCCAGUGCCGGGGCCACAGCCUUCCCACAGCUGCGCCUCCUGACCGCAGCUGAACUGGACCUGCGCUCGGC